CAGUCAAGCUCUCACUUCUCCACAAACAGCUUUACUCUAAUCCCUCCUCCAGUAUUUACAGAUCUUUUUUAUUCACUAAGAAAAUGUCUUGCUGUGGUGGAAACUGUGGCUGUGGCUCCGGCUGCAAGUGCGGCAGCAGCUGCACCGGCUGUGGCAAGUACUCUGACCCGUCUUUCACGGAGAUGACAACCACGGAGACCCUCAUCGUUGGGGUUGCUUCUGUGAAGAUGCACUUUGAGGGAUCUGAGAUGAACUAUGGAGCAGAAACUUCUCCUGCAACCCCUGCAAUGGUUGGAAGUGAAAUAUACGAACGUACCCAGAUAUAAAAGCAGCUGUGCUUAUCUUAUUUUAUCUUAAAUAAGAAGAAAACUUUUGUCUCUUUACUGUAAAUAAGAAAGCCAAGGCAAUUAAAAAAUCCUUUGUUGGAUUUUGAUGUAGCCCCUUGGCUAGUCAGUGUCUUUGUUUAAGGUUUGCGUUACCGCUGCUUUUCACCCGGGAGUAGUACAAAUAGAUUUUGUUUGAAUGAUAUUUUGUGGACCUAGUGUUAUUAAUAAUUAUUAUUGGUGAUUGGUUUCAUUGAUUA